CGGUCGGUAACUUUGCCCUUAGAAGUCAACUUUAUUGUAAACGCCUCAGCUUUGGGUUUUGUCCUCGUUGUAAGUGCGAGGCUUCGCACAAAUCCAACAACAGCUUUAUCGUGCGUCAUUACCGGUAUAAAACCUUGUAAUAUAAAUCACCGUCCAAACUUCGGUACCACACUCGUGACUCAGAAUUAUCCACCGCAGCAUUCGCAGCUUUAGCUUGCAGACUCCCCCUUCAUUAGUACCCAUAAUGUCUCUUGGACUACCACCAGUAUCGACAGGUCUCAAGUCUGUAGCGCCGUACCUCCAACGCGCAGAAGAACUCGUUAAUAAAGAACCAGUUGUGGCAUACUGGUGCGCGUACUAUGCAGCCCAGCUUGGUAUCAAUUUGAAAGCCAAGGAUGCUGCAUCGCGCACAUUGCUCCUGAAUCUCCUGAACGCACUUGAGCGCCUGAAAGCUCAGAUUGGCCCUAAUGAUGCUAUAGAUAUCGAGGCCGCAAGCGCAGCAUUUGUCGAGAACUUUGCCUUAAGGGUCUUCCGCAUGGCCGAUGAUGAAGACCGCGAAGGUCAUGCAACAAGAUCAACCGCGAAGAAGUUUCUCGCUGCAGCAAAUUUCUUUGAGGUCCUCAAAGUAUUUCCAAAGACAGAGGUCUCCGAUAAUAUAGAUGACAAGAUUAAAUAUGCCAAAUGGAAGGCAGGUGAUAUUGCCAAGGCAUAUCGUGAGGGCAGGAAGCCUACACCGGGUCCAGCUGGGUCUCAGUUUGACCCAGAGCCCUUCCCUGCUACUUCUGGCGCUUCUGAGUACUCUCCUGGAGCUGAACCUUCCCAACUCUCCCCUUCAGGGACAAGCCAAUCCCCCACAUCACCUCAAUCAUCACAUAAGCGGCAGGUCCCAUCUCCGAAGAUGAGUCCCGAUGAUAUCGCUCGUGCCAAUCUCUUGCAUCCCCCUCAUCAUGAUAGCGACAUGGUGAGCCCUGGGAGGUGGAGUACGACCGCCACUCCAGGAUUCGAUCUUGCUCAGGAUAGCAGCAGUGUCAGUUUGGAUCAGGCAAACAACUGGCAUGAGGCCCCUCUUAAUGGCACAGGGAGUCAACUCCGUCAGGCCUGGGUUAGCACCGACGUGGAGGGUGCGACCAGCGAUGAAGAGCUGGUCCGAGAUCCAAUCCUUAAUGGAUCAUCACCUAGUCAGGUUCCGUUCUCUUCAUUUGCUAGCGAGUCUCGGCCGACCGUAUUCGAGUCUUCAUCUCCACCCAGAGAGCGGCCUGUUAUAUACACACCGACAACCAGAGAGCAUGUACCCCCCAUCCCCCCGCAUCCUACCAUCCUUCCCUCAGUCUCCCCACCGAGAGGCUCGCCACCGCAAAACCGUGCUCGCGGCCCUUCAGUAUCGUCUCAAGAACUUCCAUUGGGAUUUGUACCCUCAAGUCCAGUACCCCCGCCCAUGAUCCCUCCUCCACCGAUGCCCACAAUAUAUGUACCUUCUUCGCCUCCUCGCAUGGUGCCCCUGCCCCCAGCUCCCGCUCCAGUUCCCGCCCCUUUACCACCGAACGACUUUCAACUCACGCCCACCACCAUCGCCAAAGCACAGAAACACUGUCGCUUUGCUAUAUCCUCGCUUGAUUACGAGGAUGCUGAGCAAGCAAGAAAGGAGCUUAGGGCUGCGCUGGCUCUCCUCGGAGGUUGAACUAAUGAUGGAAGCAUUGAGAGGUGUCGAGGCUAUCCAGUGGGAACUGGUCUCUUUCCAGGAAGCAGGCUUUCUCCCUGAAACGCUCAUGUUUUCUUCUUCAUCUACUUGUGAUUUAAUGUAAUAUGCUAGCCAAAAGUGUGUCAACUAUAUCAACGCUAUUAGUAUCGUAAAAUGUGUUCCCAAACCAUAUGAUGUAUCCAGAAGGGUAUGACAGCUUACUUCUUCCCAACAUUGCGAUCGAUA